AUGGCCUCUACUGCCGUGUUGUCGCGGCGACUGCUGCUGUCCAGGACCGCACAUGGACUCAGGGAGUCGCGGAAUGUGUAUCGCCUGUCCGAUGCGCUCAGGUCCCAGGUGCCUGCCUACGCCUCGAUGGCUAGAUACUAUGCCUCAAAAUCCUACCCUCCUCACACCAUCAUCAGCAUGCCUGCUUUGUCGCCUACCAUGACUGCUGGAAACAUCGGAGCUUGGAACAAGAAGGCCGGAGACACGUUGGCACCCGGAGACGUCUUGGUGGAGAUUGAAACCGACAAGGCCCAGAUGGACUUUGAAUUUCAGGAGGAAGGUGUUUUGGCAAAGGUCUUGAAGGAUGCUGGUGAGAAGGAUGUUGCCGUUGGUAACCCAAUUGCCGUCAUGGUCGAAGAAGGCGAAGAUAUCACCCCAUUCGAAUCAUUCACCCUCGAAGAUGCUGGCGGUGACAAGUCUGCCGCUGCUGACAAGUCGCCCAAAGAGACCCCCAAAUCGGAGGAAGCCGAAGCCAAGUCCGCCCCCUCCCCAGGACUGGAAGAGAGCAAACCGGAGGCACAGGAAGCAGACACCACUGGCGAGAGGCUGCAGCCCAGUCUCGACAGAGAGCCAUUUAUCAGCCCGGCUGCCAAAGUUCUCGCGCUGGAGAAGGGUGUCGUUAUCAACGACGUCAAGGGAACCGGCCCCGGUGGCCGUAUUACCAAGGAGGACGUCGAGAAACACCAGACCACUGCCCCAGCUGCCGGUGCCGCUGGCCCAGCCUACGAGGACGUCCCAGCCUCCUCCAUGCGCAAGGUCAUUGCCAGCAGACUCGCUCAGUCCAUCCGCGAGAACCCACACUACUUCGUUUCCUCCAGCCUAUCCGUGACCCGCCUACUCAAGCUCCGCCAAGCGCUGAACGAGUCCGCCGAGGGCCGAUACAAGCUCUCCGUAAACGACUUCCUCAUCAAGGCCUGCGCUGUUGCACUCAAGAGGGUCCCUACCGUGAACUCCCGAUGGAUCGAACAAAACGGCCAAGUCAUGAUACGCGAACACAAGACCGUCGACAUCAGCGUUGCCGUUGCCACCCCAUCCGGCCUUAUCACCCCCAUCGUCAAGGGUGUUGAGGGGCUCGGACUGUCCAACAUCUCCAACCAGGUGAAGGAUCUCGGCAAGCGUGCCAAGGAGAACAAGCUCAAGCCCGAGGAGUACAACGGUGGCACCUUCACCAUCAGCAACAUGGGCAUGAACUCUGCCAUUGAGCGCUUCACCGCUGUCAUCAACCCUCCCCAAUCCGCCAUCCUCGCCGUCGGAACCACCCGCAAGGUGGCCGUACGCUCUGAGCUUGAAGAAGGCACCGAGAUCGAGUGGGACGACCAGAUCGUGGUCACCGGCAGCUUCGACCACAAGGUCAUCGACGGUGCCGUUGGAGGUGAAUUCAUGCGUGAGCUCAAGAAGGUCGUCGAGAACCCUCUCGAGCUCCUCCUUUAA